AUUACAAACUACUCUAGAGCUUGUUCUAGCUUUAGACCACUCCACCGUUUCAUCCUUCCAGAAUGAUCAAUUUCACCUUCCCAUACACUUUCUCCCUCUUUCUCUUCAUUUCCCUAUCUCUAUCACGUGCCGACCUCCCCGGCACAUGGGAUCUUCUGGUGGCGGACGUAGGCAUCGCUUCCAUGCACACCGGCGUGACCCAUUUUGGCACAGUAGUACUCCUCGACCGCACCAACAUAGGCCCCACCCGCCUCCUCCUCCCCAAACACCACUGCCGUACAGACCCUCACGACGCCUUCUUAAAGCAUGAUUGUUACGCUCACUCCGCUCUCUUCAACCCCGUAACCAACAACAUCCGACCGUUGAUCAUACAAACUGACACGUGGUGCUCGUCAGGACAGUUUCUUCCUGAUGGGACCCUUCUUCAAACGGGUGGUGAUAUGGACGGGUGGAAGAAGAUUCGCAAGUUUACACCGUGUCAAACGACAGAGUUCUGUGAUUGGGAGGAGCUAAACGAUGUCGCUUUAUCCCAUGGGAGAUGGUACUCCACUAAUCAAAUUUUACCCAAUGGUGAAAUUAUUAUUGUUGGCGGUAAAGUUGCUUUUUCAGUUGAGUUUUACCCACCAAGAGAAAACGGUGCCGUUUCGUUCCCCUUUCUUGCUGAUGUAGAGGAUAGACAAGGUGACAAUUUAUACCCAUAUGUUCAUCUUCUACCAAAUGGAAAAUUAUUUAUUUUUGCUAAUAAUAAAUCUGUUUUAUAUGAUUAUGAUAAAAAUUUAAUCGUGAAAAAAUAUCCACCGUUGGAUGGUGGCCCAAGGAACUACCCAUCUGCCGGAUCUUCGGUGAUGCUUGCGUUAGAAGGUGAUGUGGUUUGUGGUGGGGCCAGAUUUGGAGCCUACAUUAAAAUGGAUAAUACUAUUCCGGCGAAUGGUAGUUGUGGUCGGAUUGUAGCAACUUCGGUUUGGGAGAUGGAAGAAAUGCCUUUUGCUAGGAUUAUGGGUGACAUGGUGAUAUUACCUAGUGGUGAAGUGGUGAUCAUAAACGGAGCACAAAGUGGGACCCAAGGGUUCGAUUUGGCGUCAAACCCGUCCUUGAACCCAGUCCUCUACCGGCCUGAUCAACCGAUUGGAUUAAGGUUUAUGGUGUUGAACCCGGGCACGGUUCCUCGAAUGUACCAUUCAACAGCUAAUUUAUUACCUGAUGGGAGGAUACUACUUGCGGGUAGUAACCCACAUUAUUUAUACAAUUUCGAGGCAGAGUUUCCAACUGAGUUACGCCUUGAGGCGUUUUCACCAGAAUAUUUGAGUUCAGACCGGGCUAAUUUAAGACCGGAAAUAAAAGUGUGGCCUAAAGGCAUAAAAUAUGGCCAGAAGUUUGAGGUAGAAUUAACGGUUCCCCUUUCCGUAGUGGGAAUGAUUGAGAUAAAUUUGGGAAAUGCUCCAUUUGCAACACAUUCUUUCUCACAAGGACAAAGGCUAGUCAAAUUGAAUGUAAGGCCCUCGGUUCCUAAUGAUAAUGGUGGUUACAAAGUUAGUUGUGUAGCUCCACCCAAUGGGAUGGUGGCUCCACCAGGCUAUUAUAUGAUGUUCGCAGUGAAUCAAGGGGUACCAAGUGUCGCACAAUGGGUCCAAUUGAUGGAGUGACAAUCAUAGAAGGAGUCAACAAUUUUUUCCUCCUAUAAUGAGAAUGUUUAUCAUUUUCAAUUUAUACUAAUCGAAAAUGAUAAAGGUCGCAACAUGCGACCUUUAAGCCGUGUCACAAUGAUGACAUGACAUGCUUAUGUGUCAUGAUUUAAAUUGGAAACUAAAAUAUUUAACUUAUAUAAUAUAUUAUACAUGUUUCAAAAAAAGGU